AUGUCCGAUCAUGGCGUCGACACGAGUAAGGCGGCUCACCCACUAAGGCCGCGGCAUCGCAUGAGCCGCUCAAUUACCGAGACGAAUGCUUCCAGAGUCCAGCGCCAUCACGGCCACCAACUCUUGCACCGGCGACACCACCAGGACCGUCAUAUCGAUCACCGAAUCCCACAGUCUGCCAUACCUACCCUGCAAAUGCCGCCGCGUGGCUCUCUCGACCUUCCUCGCUCAGAAGGCGUAACGCCGUAUCUGUUGAGCAGCGCCGAGCAAAGCCGUCGAACCAGCAUGUUGCCUCCUGGCGCUGAGGACAUUGGCACCAUGGGGCUGCUGGAAACAACGGCCAAUAAAGACAAACAACCGUUGGCGCAGAAUGAGGAGGCUCGUCCGCGAACUACCGGCCUUCGAAAGUCUCUCUCAGAGUUGACCACGUUUUCAAUAGCAACUACACGGCGACUAGACGAUGCUUAUUAUGCAGUCUUGGAGAAGCUGAGCACAUUGCACAGCACGGUCGCAAGCAUCAAAGAGCUCGCAGUCAUGUCGAGGGAAACCGCCAGCAACUUCGAAAUCAAGUCCAAGGCUCUCGUCGCCGAGACAAGCUCGCAGCUGGACAGUCUUGGCCAGUUUAAUGAGCAGCAAGAUCACAUUGAAGCGCUGCAGGCCCGCAUACAAGCAGGCCGGCAGAAGGUACAGAAGCUCAGCGAGCGUGUAGACAUUGUUCGUGAGCGAGUCGAGGGCUGGGAGAGAGCUGAUCGCGAGUGGCAAGAAAGAACACGAAGGCGUCUCAAGACUAUAUGGAUCAUCACAUCGGUGCUGGCCCUGGUUUUUGUCCUCCUCGUUGUUGGAGCGCAGUAUGCUCCCCUCGAAGUAUUCACUGAUAUGAUGUCGAGCAACGGUUCCGGAGGAAUUCCUGGCAACGAGCUUCACAACACCAGCAGAGUAUCUGAUCACCUGGUCGAAGAUGUUAGAGCUGCCUUGAACCAAUCUAGAGGAGCCGUUGCCGCAGUUGACGCCGACGUCUUCCGCGCACUGGACGAGUUGUGA